AUGGUCAUGAUAGGACAACAAAUUAUUGAAAUGCCUGGAGGUCAGUACCAGGUGACAAACAAAAGGCUCAGCCACAGCGUUUACAGCCUGACAGACAGCUCUGAUGGUGGCCCUGAAGAGGAGAGCCCCGCGCUCUGCCUCACUCCCCUGCAAAAGCUCACGACAGAUAUGUGCAAGGAUGAGAAGACCAUCAAGGAGCUGAUAAUUGGUCGCAGAGUUGGGUUCUACAAAGUGCGGGGAGAGAUUGGGUGUGGGACUUUCUCCAGGGUCAAACUGGCUUUCCACGCUCUGACCAAAGACAAAGUGGCCCUGAAGAUCUUGGACAGGAUGAGAUUGGAUACUCAGGCCCAGCGUCUGCUCUCCAGGGAGAUCAGCAGCAUGGAAUCCCUGCAGCAUGCCAACGUGCUCCGUCUGUAUGAGGUGGUGGAGACACCAAGCCGCCUCUACCUGGUGCUGGAGUAUGCUGGUGGAGGAGACCUCCACAACCGAAUUUACUGCGAGGGAAAACUCUCUGACAACACCAGCAAGAUCACCUUUGCCCAGAUCCUCUCUGCUGUCAAAUACAUGCACAACAUCAACAUCAUCCACCGGGACCUGAAAGCGGAGAAUGUUCUGUUUACUAGCAGCGGUUGCGUGAAGGUGGCCGACUUCGGCUUCAGCACACGGGUGUCACAGCGCAACAGCACACUGGACACUUUCUGCGGUUCACCACCCUACGCCGCACCGGAGCUUUUCCACGAUGAGUCUUAUGUCGGGCCUCCAGUGGACGUAUGGGCCAUGGGGGUCCUGCUGUUCUUCAUGGUGACUGGGACCAUGCCGUUCCGUGCCGAAACCAUGGGCAAACUGCGUCGCUGCAUCAUCGAGGGCAGCUACACUGUCCCUCCCUGGGUGCCUGGCCCCUGCCAGCGGCUCAUCAAGGGAAUUUUAAAGACCGUCCCCGCUGAGCGCUACGCCGUAGACCAGAUGCUGGGCUGCGACUGGCUCCUACCCGUGGAAUUUCCCUGGUCACUGGUUCCCGCCGAGCCACCAAGUGCCCUGCAGAGUCUGCUGGAGUCUGAACAAGACAGCCUGGAGGAACAGGAUGCGAAGGAGGAAGAGGAGGUCAGAAGCGCCCUGGAGGAACUGGGCAUUACAGCCGAGCACCUGCAGAACAAUCAGCUCAAUAACAGCCGCAGCCCGAUUACUGGGGCAUAUCGCAUAGUGCUGCACCGAGCCCAGAAGAGAGAAGGCUGCGACUGCCUGCCAGUCGUCCGAGGGAUGGUGAGGGACCCCAAGAGGGAGGGGCUCCGUGCCUACAGAGGUCUCAGACACACUUCCAAAUUCUGUGUUCUCUCAUGAGGUUUUAUUUGACAAGGGGUUAGGGAAAACCUUUUACUCACCUAUUUUUGCACCAACACUUUACAAACUAUGUUUUUUUUCUGUUUGAAAGAUCUGGAUUUAGAAAAGUGACGUGUAGUCUUUUACAAUUUGUUUCUUCCUGGGGCUCUUUGAGAUAGCCUUAGAAAUAAACACAAAAGUGCCUGAAGAAAAAACUGAGUCCGUUCUAAUAAAGGGGCACUACUCCUCCCCUAAUUUGAUUAAAACGUUUUUAAAGUGUACUGGAACUAUCAAGGGGAACUUGAAGAAAUUCUAAUAUAUAUUUUUUACACGAAUCCGAAAAAAACAAGAAAGAUCUUUAUACUGAAUUGGUGUGUUCUUUUUAUUCAGCAAUCAUGCAAAAGUUAUACUGCU